AACCGUCUGGGGAGACGCUGUCGGCCGCUGGAACAACCACCGGGACAUCCGUCAGCCUCCGGGUGUGAUCUGAGAUGAGUCCCCGCGGUGUAAGCACAGACCCGGGUCUCCUGGCGGGACCUGUCCGGUCGCGUGCAGCCUGAGCCUUCGAGCGGCUCAGAGAUGCAGGAUGGCCGUACACGUCAGCAGCUCCCAGACAAGGACAGCAUUCACAUCUUCUCCUGGGACGGCAGCCGGACCUCACCGUAGAGCCAGAGAUGAAGAGCCGGAGGCCGUGGACCGCCUUGCUCCUCGGAGUCUUCCUCGGAUUCAUCGCCUCGUCUUGGCUCGUCGUUCCCCGAAUCUCAGAAAGUAAGAGGCGGAAGUCCGCGGCGUGUUUCUCCCACAGUGAUUCCGGGAGAGGGCCAAUGGCCAUCAGGGACCGGGACGGUCCGAGGGUCAGUGAAGAGGAGGAGCGGCUCUUCAUCACUGCUAACAGUAGCGGACAUGCCGGGAUGAAGAUCAGGCCCAAACAGUUCCUCUACGUGGGCGUCAUGACAGCCAAAAAGUACCUGGCGUCCCGCGCUGUGGCGGCGCACAAAACCUGGGCGGCUUCCAUACCGGGGAAGGUGGAGUUCUUCUCCAGCGCUGGUUCUGGUUCUGUCCGCGUGCCCGCCCCCAUGCCGGUGGUUUCCCUGGCAGCCGUGGAUGAUUCCUACCCACCACAGAAGAAGUCAUUCAUGAUGCUGAAGUACAUCCACGACCAUUACCUGGAGAAGUACGAGUGGUUCAUGAGAGCGGAUGAUGACGUUUAUAUAAGAGGUGAAAAGAUGGAGCGGUUCCUGCGCUCGCUGAACAGCAGUAAGCCACAUUACCUGGGCCAGACGGGCCUGGGUACACCUGAGGAGCUGGGCAGACUAGCCUUGGAACCCGGAGAGAACUUCUGCAUGGGAGGUCCGGGGAUGAUCUUCAGCAGAGAGGUGCUGCGCAGGAUGGUCCCUCACAUCAGUACCUGUCUCACAGAGAUGUACACCACCCACGAAGAUGUGGAGGUGGGCCGGUGUGUGCGCCGCUUCGGAGGAACACAGUGUGUUUGGUCGUAUGAGAUGCAGCAGCUCUUCUAUGAGAACUAUGAACACAACAAGAAAGGCUUCAUUGAGGAACUCCACAGCAGCAAAAUCCAAAACGCCAUCACACUCCACCCCAACAAGAAGCCUGCCUACCAGUACCGGCUGCACAGCUUCAUGCUCAGCCGGGACGUCUCCAGGCUUCGGUACCGCACCAUCUUGCUCCACCGGGAAGCCCUGGUCAUGAGUCACCUCAGCAACUCUGAAGUACUGUGGGAGGACAAACAGCUGGGGUCUCCUCCUUCCUACAUGCGCUAUCAGCCAAAAGAGAGAAGUGAUGUCAUUGAGUGGGACUUCCUGACAGGCCGCCAUCUUUAUUCUCCUCUUGAAAACAAGAUGGCCCGGCAAAACCUCGGGAACUUGCUCCGGACUGCUCUGGAAGAUAUAAUCCUGCAAGUUAUGGAAAUGAUUAAUGAGAAUUCAAAAACUCGAGGACGUGUCAUUGACUUUAAGGAGAUCCAGUACGGGUAUUACAGGGUGGAUCCGAUGCAUGGAGCAGAGUACAUCUUAGAUUUACUGCUUCUGUACAAGAAGCACAAGGGGCGCAAAGUGACGGUCCCAGUGAGGCGCCAUGCCUACCUUCAGCAGUCCUUCAGCCAGCCCUUCUUUAGUGAAGCCCAACGUUUAGAUGUGGGUGAACUUGUGGCAGCCAUCAACUCUGAGUCCAAAUCUCUGUCUUUCUUGUCCAACUCUCUGAACUUCCUGUCACCAUUUCAGUUCUAUGAAGCCACUCAGGAAAUGUGGGAGCAAAGUCAGAGAAAAGUCCAUAUCCUCGUCCCAGUGUCGGGUCGAUAUGACACCUUUUCCAGCUUCAUGGAGAACUAUGAGAAAGUCUGUUUGAUACCCAAACAAAACGUCAAGCUCUCCAUCAUUCUGGUGGACAGUGAGGGUCACGAGGACAGAACGAAGCAUCUUCGGUUAAUCAAGGAUUACGCAAGAAAACAUCCUAGAGCCGAUGUCUCUGUCAUCCCCAUGACGGGCAACUUUUCCCGAGGGUUGGCUCUGGAGCUGGGCUCCUCUCAGCUCCAGAACGACACGCUGCUCUUCUUCUGCGACGUUGAUCUCGUCUUCAGCAGCGAUGCUUUGCAGCGCUGCAGAGAAAACGCUGUUCAGGGGAAACAGGUCUACUUCCCUAUUCUGUUCAGCCAGUACAACCCUAAGUUAGUCUAUGGUGAAAAGGCUCCAAAGGAAAACAAAUUCGUGCUGACUAAAAAAAGUGGCUUUUGGAGAGAUUAUGGCUUUGGAAUCAUGUGUAUUUUUAAAAGUGAUCUACUACAGACUGGAGGCUUCGACACCUCCAUCUUAGGUUGGGGUUUAGAAGAUGUUGACUUGUUCACCAAAGUAAUUAACUCUGGUUUGAAAGUGCUACGCACUCAAGAACCGGGAAUCAUCCAUGUUUACCAUCCUGUUCAGUGCGACCCCAAUCUGGACCAGAAGCAACACAAAAUGUGCCUUGGCUCCAAAGCCAGUACGUUUGCAUCUCGGAUGCAGUUGGCAGAGCUUUGGCAGGAAAAACAGGCACAGGUGGGAUAUAACAGGACGUCAUCAUGAACACAGAUGGAUGGACACCGGAGCCAGAAAGGACCAAAUACUGUCCAAACUAGGAAUAGACGGGUGACAUGAUGUAACAUCAGAUAAACCCUGUGGGUCACUUUAACUUACUGUCCUUUCACGUAAUUAGUGGAUCAAAGAUUCCUCUUCUAAAAACUUCUACAAAAACCUGUAAGAUUCAAAAAACUCCUUUUUUUUUGUUCAGAUGUUUCAAUCAACUUCAUUCCUAAUCAAAAACAGCACCAUCCAUCUAUCCAUCCAUCCAUCCAUCCAUCCAUCCAUCCAUCCAUCAUCCAUCUAUCUAUC